AUUUUCGAAAAUGUCCUCACCGAAAAUAACAACCGAUCCUUCUUUGAAAAUUUUCCCCACCCUCCGGCAGCAGCUGAUGUCUCCUCCCUUCGCCAGUUCUCCCUUUUUCGAUGUCGUCGUCAAUUGAGCCCAAGACCCUAAGGCUGGCUCUCUAAACCCCCAAAAUAAUUUCAGCCUACAGCCAUAAAAUUUUUGUAAGCCUUAACCUUAAUUAAGCCCUCCCAAAAAAAUUAAAACAGGGCUGGCCCUAAAAGCCCCAAAUCUGAUCUCCUCCUCCCUGACCCUGAGAUGCUGAAAGUCUGAAACGGGGAAACCUGCGCGGUGCUCCUCCUCCUCCUCUGCAUUCUACUUUUGCAUUCUGCUCCUCCUACUACGGUGGACGACGCGGUGGCUCCUCCUCCUCCCUGACGCGGUGCUCCUCCUUCUUGAUGCGGUGGACGAAAUCAGUGGCUGCUCCUCCUCCCUGACGCGGAAUCAGAGUUUUCGGAUGCAGUCUUAUGAAUUGGGCUGCUUGCUGAAAUGAAAGGAAAGGGGACUAGUGACACUGUUAGUGUAGUUGAUGGUGAUGGAAACCAGUGUUGCUGGUGGUGGUGGCUGGUUCACAAGGGAACAACAACUACAUUCCUUAUUGUUGGAUUGUUUGCACUUUUGGUUCGCGCCGCAGUGUCCCUCCACCCUUACUCCGGUUUUGCUAACCCUCCGAAAUUUGGGGACUAUGAGGCACAGAGGCAUUGGAUGGAGAUCACCAUCAAUCUCCCAAUUCAAGAAUGGUAUAGAAACAGCACCAGCAAUGAUUUGAGCUACUGGGGCCUUGAUUAUCCACCACUCACCGCUUACCAGAGUUUCAUUCAUGGCCUUUUUCUGAGAUUUGUGCACCCUGAAUCUGUUUCCCUUUUCACCUCCAGAGGUCAUGAGUCUUAUCUCGGAAAACUACUAAUGAGGUGGACAGUGUUAUCAUCUGAUUUGUUGAUACUCUUUCCAGCUGUUCUGUACUUUGUUAUUGUUCGCUAUGGUCAACCUUCAAGGAGUCGUAAAAGUGACAUAGGAUGGCACAUUGCCAUGCUUUUGUUAAACCCCUGUUUGAUCUUAAUUGACCACGGUCACUUUCAGUACAACUGCAUCAGCUUGGGCUUUACCAUUGGAGCUGUUGCUGGUGUCCUCUCUGGGAAGGAUCUUGUAGCAUGUGUUUUGUAUUGUCUAGCUCUAAAUCAUAAGCAGAUGAGUGCAUAUUUUGCCCCUGCUUUUUUCAGCCAUCUCCUGGGUAAAUGCUUGAGGCGUAAACAUCCGCUCCUUGAGGUAUCAAAACUGGGGUUUUAUGUUUUGGGAACCUUUGCAGCUGUGUGGUGGCCUUAUCUGUAUUCAAAGGAUUCCAUUUUGGAGGUCCUCUCACGCCUUGCUCCUUUUGAAAGAGGAAUAUUUGAGGAUUAUGUGGCCAACUUUUGGUGUGCCUCUUCCAUUAUCAUCAAGUGGAAGAGAUUAUUUACGCCAGAGUCACUGAGGCUUCUCAGCUUAAUUGCAACAGUUAUAACUUGCCUUCCUUCAAUGAUUCAACAAAUAAAAUCUCCAAGUAAUCGAGGUUUCCUCUAUGGGCUGCUAAAUUGUUCAUUUGCCUUCUACUUGUUUUCUUUUCAAGUGCAUGAGAAGUCCAUUUUGCUGCCACUUCUUCCUGCAAGCCUGCUGGCUAUGGAAGAGCCUUUUAUUUUUAAGUGGUUCAUGCAAUUUGCCAUGCUCUCCAUGUUCCCUCUGAUAUGUCGCGACGGCUUGGUUGUUCCAUACUUUGCUUUGCUUGCUCUCUUCAUCCUGAUAUUCGACGCACCUGGUCAACAGAGAGUUAAAGAGGGAAAUUAUUUGUAUAAUUAUUUGGGUGCAACAACUGUACGCCUUGUUUUAUUUUGCUAUUUCAUUCUUCACAUAGUUUACUUGACCAUGAAUCCACCUGAGAAGUAUCCAUUCCUUUUUGAAGCAAUAAUUAUGAAUGUGUGCUUCUCUCAGUUUGUGCUUGUAACUCUUGGCUGCAAUAUAAAGCAGUGGGUGUUGAAUAAACCUACCAAAUUAGAAGUAGACAAGAAGUUUAUUUGAUAGAGUUUUUACUUUGGGGGCUAGAUAGAUUGUUUUUGUUGUUAAUUGGUUUAAUAUUAAUUGAAUUGAGAGUUUGGCCGCAUUGACCUCUUCUCUUCUGUAAUGAGUUUAUGAUCUUUUAGGUUUGUUUGUCCCUGCACUUUGUAGUUCAAUGUUUCUGUUUUA